AUGACGCCCCUGUUUGGAGUUUGCCUUCCCUGGCUUUUAAUGGUUACUGCUGUGGCAUCUGCACAGAAGAAUUUCAACCAAAGAACUGGCUUGGCGACAGAGUGCCUUGGAAAUGUUUUGAGGGUAACGCUGGAUAAAUCCUUAACUAUAGGAAAUCAUCUUGAAAUUGAUGCUAUGAAUGGUUCACAAAUUGUCCCUCUAACUCCUGGGCUGGCAGCUAAAUGUGGCUACAGCAUGGAAUCUGACCCCUGGGGCAACACUAAAGUUUAUGCUUCUCUGCUUAACUGCUUUGCUGACAAUCAGGAGGAUGGUGUCUUUGACCUUGGAAUGCAAUUUCGGAUGUACGGAGACCACAAAUCUGAGGAAGACAAGCGUGUGGUGACAAAGACCUGCAGAUACAACCAGUGGGCACCUCGAGAGAUUCUUUGUGACCGCAACUACAUUGAGGUGUCUAUAUUCAGACUGACUCCUGACAUUGAAAAAGUCCCUGGGCUGCCUGAGGGUCCUGACCAUGGGGGAAAAAUGGAAGAUGACCAGUGGGCCAGUGCUGUUGACGAGGUUUGUAGGUCUAUUCUCUGGCUCUGCCUGUUACUGUGUGAGUGGGAUGUCACUUAA